AUGAGGCCAGCCUUUAGGCCGACGCGGCCGCCCCCGGCGCGUGUCAGCCGGCAGCGCAGCAUUGUUCAGGACGCGCUGCCGUCGGCCCGAUUCAACGCCAUCGCCCGCCUCAUAGCCGCCCUGGCUGCGCUGGAGGCCGGAGAGGGCCGGCCCCUGCAGCUGACCCUGGCAGAGGACGCGGCCUUUGCGGCAGUGGCGGGCGCGGCCGGCUCGGCGGCGCCGCCGGCGAGCUCGGGGCUGCUGGAGGCGCGCGCCCUCAUCCAUGUCGCGACGCGCCUGGCUGCCGUUGAGGAGCGGCUGUAUGCGCAGGCCGGCGCCGCAGUCGGCGCACUCGUUGCACUGCCUGCGCUCGCGGGGCUGGCGCGGCACAGGAACGGCGGCGGCGGCGGCGGCGGCUGCGGCGGCGGCGACCUUGAAGCCGCCCUGCGGGGAGCAGCAGCGGCGCUCGCCGCCGCCUCGGACGCACUGCAGGAGCGCGCCACAGCGUGCCUGGCGGCCGCGGAAGCGGCGGGCGGCGUCGCGCCCCCUGCGCACGGCUGCGGCGCCGCGGGCGGGGGGGCGGUCGCCGGGCUGCUGUCCUCUGCGGCCUGGGGCUUCCACGUUGCGGCGGCGCUGCUGCGGCCGUACCACAACCGACUCCAGGUCAUGCAGGAGCAGCUCGGAGGAAGCUUCCUCCCCGGCUCCGCCGCGAGCCUCCAGCAAACGCUGCCGCUCAUCGGGGCCGGCGUGGCGGAGGUGCAGCUGCACCUGCAGCAGCUGCUCUUCGAGUGCCGCGGGAGGCAUGUGCAGUAUGCACAGUGGGCCGGGGCAGAGCUGCAGGCGGCCGAGCUGCAGCAGGCCUCGCAGCAGCAGCAGCAGCAGCAGCAGCAGCAGCAGCAGCAGCAGCAGCAGCAGCAGCAGCAGCAGCAACAGCGGCGGCAGCCACCGCCGCCGCCAGGCGGCCUUGGUGUGAGCAGCAGGCGCAAGGAGAGCCCGGGCACUGGUGGUCGUGCGGUGAAUCGAAGAGCCGACAGCAAUACGUCCGUCCCACAGACAGAAGCUGAAAGAGUAGCGACGAGCCGCAGCAGCUUCCCUUCUGCAGCACUGCCGGUGCAGCCCCCACGCCCGGCUCCUGCUGCCCCCAGGCGCCCAAUGGCGGUGCUGUCGCCGGCGGCGCCCGCCUUCGUGCCAGGGAGUGGCAGGCCCGCGGCGCUGUCAGUUGGCGCGGCACCGUUCGUCCCCGGCAUACGGCGGGCGGUGCAGGGAGGCGUGGGCGGGGAAAACCAGGGGGGUCACGCUUCCGAGUCCAGCACAAAGCAUCUGGCCACCUCCCUGUCAGACACAGCUGGGCCCGCAAGGCCUCAGCAGCAUCAGAUGCCAGCAGGUCCCAUACAAGCAAGCGCGGCAGCGACGGGGCUGCUGCAAGCAACGGGGCACGCGGCAGAGGAGCGCCAGCAGAGGGAGCCUGUGGCAGGCGCGGCGGCGCAAACGCCAUGCAUGGCGGAAAGCAACCAGUACCGCAAGGAAGAGGCGGCAGAGGCGGCAGAGGCGGCAGAGGUGGCGGGGGAGGCAGAGGAGAAGGUGCAGGAACAAAUCACGGCAGUCGGGGCAGAGGAGCCAGAGGUGACGGUCAGCAGGUGUGAGGGUCCAGAGGGGCAAGCAGGACAACAGACGGCACGAACAGAGCGGGGGGCCGCAGAGGCAGAGGCAGCAGAGGCAGAGGCAGCAGAGGCAGCAGAGGCAGCAGAGGCAGCAGAGGCAGCAGAGGCAGCAGAGGCAGCAGAGGCAGCAGAGGCAGCAGAGGCAGCAGAGGCAGCAGAGGCAGCAGAGGCAGCAGAGGCAGCAGAGGCACCUGGUGACGCAGCGACGGGCGGCGCAGCAGGGGCGGCAGACGCGGCGAGCGCAGCAGGUGCAGAAGUGGCGGAGCAAGGGCACGCGCCAGAGCGUGCUGCAGGUGGGGAGGAGGGCGGGGCCGAGCGCCAGCAGUCGGGAGGUCCCCACCCGAUGGGCGACGCAGCGAGCGGUGACGCGGCGGCCACCGGCGCAGCGGUGGGGGAAGGGGCUGGCGGCAUCAAGGCGGAGGCGUCCGGCGACCUGGCGGCCCUGGCGGGCGUGCCAGACAGCUGGGAGCAGCUGGCUGCUGGGGGUGAUACUGACGAGGAGCAGGGACAGCAGGAGCAACAGCUGGAGCAGCAGGAGGCGGGGCGGGAGGAGCAGCGGGAGAAGCAGGAGGAUCAAGAGCAGCAAGAGCAGCAAGAGCAGCAAGAGCAGCAAGAGCAGCAAGAGCAGCAAGAGCAGCAAGAGCAGCAAGAGCAGCAAGAGCAGCAAGAGCAGCAAGAGCAGCAAGAGCAGCAAGAGCAGCAAGAGCAGCAGGAGCAACAUGAGGAGCAGAUGGGACGGGAGGAGCGAGUGGUGCGCAACCAGGAACGACAAGGGCAGGAGCAGCUGGCGACACUGCUGCCCCAAGUGCUGGCUAGUGCAACGGGCUCAGCAGCGCCCACUCACACGCCGCCACUAGGCAAGCCAGAGGAGAGCGCACCCGUGGCACUCGCCGCGCCAGACGCGCCAAAGUCGCGUGGAGACGCGGCGCCUGGCUGUGCGAGGCCCGCCGACCAGAGUGGGCGGGCUGUGGCGUGGCAGCAGGGCAGCCCCGGCUCCACCAUAGCAAAGCUUUGGCCUGGAGCGCAGCGCCAGGCUGGCGCGGCGGGCGCAAGGGGCAGCAGUGACGGCAGCGGCGGCCGUGGCGACACGGCUGGCGGCAGUGACGCCGGCCGCGGCGCCGGGGCCGCGCGUAGGGACCAAGGGGCGGGGGCGGCGAUUGCCGUGGCGGACUACCGAGCAGAGCAUGCUGCAUAUUGGCGGAGGGCGGCGGCCAGGCGGCAGGCCCCAACCUGA